AUGACUGUGACAAUUGAGAAGGCAAAUGAAGACAAGCAACAUUUGUUGGAUCUUCUAAAAAAUCAGACAUCUAUUAUUGAUUCAACAAUCAACAUAAUUAGAAAGGACGAAGAUACGAGCCAAAGGAACUUCGGCAACAUGCAAGUGGAAUUGAACCUUUUGGCAAAUAAGGUGAAGAAAGAAGAAGAUGUUGUAAAGACAACACAAUCAAUUAUGUUUCUCACUUCACAGCUCAUGCUACUUUCAUCAAGGUUGAAACAUAUAGAAGAUAACUUAAUCGACGUUUUAACGGAUGCUCAUCAUGGUCGGAUAAGUCCGUUGCUACUUACGCCACAUCAAUUGCUACAAGAGCUCCAAACCAUCAAGGCUCACAUUCCUCCAUCUCGUGCUCUACCCGUUCGCGAAGAUAAUGUUUCGGAUUUCUUCAAAUUAAUGAAGAGUAAGGGAAGGGUUAUUAAGAACCAUAUCAUAUUCGAGAUUCGCCUUCCAUUAGUGGAUCUCCAGCAGUAUGAUUUAUUCAAAAUGAUCCCCGUACCUAUGCUACGAUCCGGUCGAUUUAUUUCAAUAGCUUUGAAAUCAACAUUAUUGGCAGCUAACGUCCAUCGGGAUGAGUUCAUAUCGCUAACCGCAGAAGAAAUGAACAGCUGCAUACAUACCACAAAUGACGUUUUUAUUUGCGACAACCAAGCGAAAUUUAGCAAAGGCGAUCGAUCACAUUUAUGCGAGGUGAUUUUCUUAUUGAACAAAUCGUCAGAAGCGUGCGACUUGCAAUCGACCAUGCACCACCAAACUUGGAGACAAAUGGCACAAAAGAAUAAAUGGAUGUUUACUCUAGCCAAUUUAACAGAAUUGUCCUUUGUUUGUGGUACAAAAAUGACACACCUGGAGGUGCAAGGAGCUGGAACUUUAGAAAUUGGGCCAGGCUGCAUUUUCAAAGACAACACAUUUACAAUAUACGGUCACUACGAAAACAAAACAACAGUGCACACAUCAUAUCUGAGACUUAAGCCACUGGAUUCCAUAAUCUCAAGCAGUAAGCUUGUCUUGCUCAACAAAACAUUAAACAGCACCUAUGAAACACAUGCUGCUGAACUCGUCACCUUACACCAACAGCUAAAAACUAUUGAAAUCGGACGCCUUCCACAAUUAAUGAAAUCGACGGCCAUUCACCAUCAUACCAUCAGCUAUCUAGCUCUUUGCAUUGGAAUUGGAGUAGCCAUAUACGUCAUUGUCAAGUUUCGCCACCACAGAACUUCCAACAAUAACAUGAACCCAACACCUACCCCUCGGCAGUCAGUCUCAUCAUCAUACGUCAUUGACCAGACAGUUUCUUGA